CACGGCGCUUAUAGUCCUGACGUCGUGAUGUCACCGUGUCGCGAGAUGAGACUUAUGACGUGAGUGUGUUCCUUUUGGGUGAGCUGGCCUGUAAAGCUGGGAAGUUAGACUUUUAAACUGCGUUGCGGGACAUUUAAACAAAGACCCGGGACUGUGAGUUGUGUUAUAAAUAGCGGGGGUGUCCCGCGAAGAGGCGUCCAGUUUGGCGGUAUGGGUGUGUGUUGCUACAGUAGUAUACAGAAAGGUGCUUCAAGCCACUGCACGACGAUGCCGUUUCCAGGGGUAUAUACCUUGCUCCAUUUGCAGUGAAAAUCAGAAGUGGAUUUAUGAGUCUAUGUGAACCAAGGAAUCGCUGUCUCAUCCUAAUGUUCACUGUUUUUUCCCAUUAGGUGAUACCCUCACCCUCCCCCACGCCAUAACAAGCUAUACAAACAUUGCUCUAAAUAUCCUAUCAAAAUUCUACGUUUAGAGGUUGUCUUUUACAACUCAUUCACAUAUCACUGUUUCUACCAGGAAGGAGCUGUCUUUUCAGCUGGCUGCUGGCAAAUGUUGGCAAACCAGGGCCAAAAGUGAACCCUACGCGUUUGCUCAAUCAUCACAAAGACUUCUAAAUAUGGAGGAUGUACCUCAUACAGUAUUGUGAAAAACCAAGACAACUUGCUGAAGGGGAGCCCUGCAUGGCCUGGGAUUGUCAACCAGUUUCAGCUUUUGUCUUGAUCAGAUAGUUGGUGUUUCAUUUAUCCAGUGUAAAAUGGCAGAGGCUAUCACUUCAAGGAUGAGCUUCACCUCUCUGAAGAGGAAACAGCCAAAGACUUUCACUGUCAGAAUCAUUACAAUGGACGCCGAGAUGGAAUUUAACUGUGAGAUGAAGUGGAAAGGGAAGGACUUGUUUGACUUGGUAUGUCGUACUCUGGGUUUGCGGGAAACCUGGUUCUUUGGACUUCAGUAUACGAUAAAGGACACCAUAGCAUGGUUAAAGAUGGAUAAAAAGGUACUGGACCAUGAUGUUCCAAAAGAAGAACCUGUCACCUUUCAUUUUUUAGCCAAGUUCUACCCGGAAAAUGUUGAGGAAGAGCUAGUACAGGAUAUAACUCAGCAUCUCUUCUUCCUUCAGGUAAAGAAGCAAAUUUUAGAAGAGAAAAUCUACUGUCCCCCAGAAGCUUCGGUGCUUUUAGCAUCAUAUGCCGUUCAAGCAAAGUAUGGUGAUUAUGAUCCCUCUGUGCAUAAACGUGGUUUCCUGGCAGAAGAGGAGUUACUUCCAAAAAGGGUUAUAAACCUGUAUCAGAUGACACCUGAAAUGUGGGAAGAGAGAAUCACUGCUUGGUAUGCUGAGCAUCGUGGCCGUACCAGAGAUGAGGCUGAGAUGGAGUACCUGAAAAUUGCACAAGACACGGAAAUGUAUGGCGUCAAUUAUUUUCUAAUUCGGAACAAGAAAGGUACUGAGCUCUUGCUUGGUGUGGAUGCUCUAGGACUUCACAUUUAUGACCUGGAAAACAGACUGACUCCUAAAACCUCUUUUCCAUGGAAUGAGAUACGUAACAUCUCUUACAGUGACAAAGAGUUCACAAUCAAACCCCUUGAAAAGAAGAUAGAUGUGUUCAAAUUUAAUUCUUCCAAGCUACGCGUCAACAAACUGAUCCUGCAACUCUGCAUUGGGAACCAUGAUUUAUUCAUGCGUAGGAGGAAGGCAGACUCUUUAGAAGUACAACAGAUGAAGGCUCAAGCUCGGGAGGAGAAAGCAAGGAAACAGAUGGAACGCCAACGACUGGCACGGGAAAAACAGCUAAGGGAAGAGGCUGAGCGAACACGGGAUGAGUUAGAAAGAAGGCUGCUGCAGCUGAAAGACGAGGCUCAAAUGGCCAAUGAUGCAUUGAUGCGGUCAGAGGAGACUGCAGACCUACUGGCAGAAAAAGCUCAGAUCACAGAAGAGGAGGCCAAACUACUGGCCCAGAAAGCUGCAGAGGCUGAACAAGAAAUGCAAAGAAUUAAAGUCACUGCCAUUCGCAACGAGGAGGAAAAACGGUUAAUGGAGCAAAAGGUCCUGGAGACAGAAAUGCUGGCAUUAAAGAUGGCAGAGGAAUCCGAACGGAGAGUUAAAGAAGCUGAGCAACUGAAGCAAGACCUACAAGAGUCUCGGGAUUCAGAGCGUCGAGCCAAGCAAAAGCUUCUGGAGAUAUCUAGUAAAACCUCUUAUAUGCAAGCAGCAGGGACCAGCAGCAGCAGCACUGUGCCACCCACAGAUGUGCCAAGUUUCAGCAUGCUCAAUGAUAGCCUACCCUAUGAUUUCAAGGACACGGACAUGAAGCGUCUAUCCAUGGAAAUUGAAAAGGAGAAGGUUGAGUACAUGGAGAAGAGUCGCCACCUACAGGUACAGCUGAAUGAGCUCAAGACAGAAAUCGAGUCCUUAAAACUGAAGGAAAGAGAGAGUGCCAUGGAUAUUAUGCAUGAGAAUGCAGGCAGCAAACAGAACACAAUUAAAAAGCUCACACUACAAAGCACACAGUGCAGAGUGGCUUUCUUUGAAGAACUCUAAGACGUCAGCAGGGUGCUCCAGACAGCUGUAGCCUCCCCAAGGACAUAAGGAUUCUCAAGCAAUGCUUCACAAUUAGAGGAGGUCAUUAUUCAGUGCUACCAUUUAUCUUUGCGCUGGGGACAAGGGGCAUCAAAAUACGUCUCCAUUCACUUCUAACGUGAUAUGCAAAACUGCUGCUUCCCUUCUUUAAUGUAAGCUAAUUAAGGGAUAGUGCUUUGUGAUUCAGUCUGCUUCAACUGGGAAUAGUAUUUUCAAAACUAUUCAAGAAAUUCUAUUUUAAUUUGUUCAAAAGGAGAUUUUUUGCUGGAAAAAUGCAUUAUGUUUAAUACACCAAUACUGUUUUUAUGUAUAAGAACGAUAAAUAUUUUCCUUUGGCUAUACUUUUGGUCCUUUAUGCCAUUUUGUUUGUGUUUGGACUAUGACACGCUUCAUGACUUGCCAUGGGCAAUGUCUUCCAAACAGUGAUACUACAAUAGAGAAGGGGAGUUAUUUAGAGGAGCUGCCUUGAAGUUGUUCUGACUAAUUCAGUUUGCACUGCUGAAUUUAAAAAAACAAAACAAAAAAAACUGCAGUAUUUUUAUAUGUAUAUUUUAUAUAUUAUAUAUAUCAUUUUUCUGUCCAUGUUUACGCUCUUGAGGUUUUAGAACUGAAGGGGUGGCUUCAGUUAUGUGUCUUGUUUUCAUUAUGGUUUUAAAUAAAAAGAGAAAUCUAAAACAAAAAGAGUCCAAGUCGCUUUUUGUGGGAAAAGGGUGAGCACAAAAUUCAUAAAACAUUCAUGAUUUAAUAGUAAGGAAACAGGGCCCCUGGCAGCCACAGGGUCUGCUUCCUCUAGUUAUGCCCCUGAGCUGAACACCCAAAGAACUGUCCUGCAAGGUUAAAAAUAUAUAUUUGUGAAGAGAAUGUGUCAACAACAUUGUUUUAAAGGUCUACCAUUUUGGUGCAUGGCAUCACAAAAAUAUAGCCUUAAAACAAAAAAAAAAUACAAUGCUAUUGACAUGUGAAUUUGAACAAAAAACCAAAUGCAAAUCCUGUCAUUUGAUUGUCCAAGGUUUUGCAUAGAUGUACCCUUUAAAUGUUUUUAUAUAUUUGUGUGAAUGUGACCUAAAAUGUCAUCUGAUUUCCAAGCAAGUCCUAAAAGUUGAUGAAUAAAACCUAGUUAAACAAAA